AUGUGCUGUUUGAAAAGGAACUCGUUAAUAAACAAUUGUCGUCCCCUCAGCACGACGCGAAUGGCGGAUCCGCCCGCAAUCAACGAGAACAUGCCGCUUAUAACCGUGCGGACACAGCCCAAGAAAAAGGUGUCGCAGCAGGCAGCGCGGCUGCGGCGGCUGGAGGUGCCGCCCAACCCGGCGCGCGGGUACCUCGACCCCGCCACGGUGGAGCAGCACCGCAUGAUCGGACAGGUGCGCGGGUACAACCAGAUGUACAGGCCGUUGGAACAGCCGAGGUCCAGGCAGAACGCCGAAAUUAUGCACGCGGCCCCGAGGAUUCGUCGCCGCGCGCGCGCCGACGGAGAUGCCAUGACGUCGUGUGACGUAGGCGUGUGCGGGCAGGGCGUGCAGUUCAGCAGCGACGGGCCGCUGGAGGUGGCGUGCGGCGACGACGACCUGGCCGACUUCUCGGACAACGACGUCUUCGACCAUCGCAACGACUACGCGAGCGCGGCGAUACCGAAGAAGGUAGUUGAAGCAAGACAUGUCGUAAAGCCGCCCCAGGGUGCCCGCCGCAGGCAUGUCCCCAAGGAAAUGCCACCUAAGGAGACUCCGAAGCGCUCGGAGGCGCGCGAAGAGCCGCAGGCCCAGGAGCGGUGGCGGGUGGGCUCGCCGCCGGCCCGCCGCCGCCCGCCUGCCGCGCGCCCGCCCCAGCAGACUUCGCCGACGUCUCACGGAGAGGAGCGGCCCGUGGUGGAGCUGUUCAACAAGGCGCUCAACAGGUCGAGUCCGCCACCGCAGGCGCGCAACCAAACCUCGCCGGUGGAUAAGAAGAUGAAGAGGACAGCGGUACGGGAAACCCCAAGGAGUGAAGAUCAAAAGACUGGUCCGUUACGUGAUUCCAUUCCUACGGAACCAAAAAAGGAGAGCCACCGUCUGCCGCGGCGCGUCAAAUACCGCAGCCGGCGCUACGAGCUGCCCACAGUGGCGUCGCAGAUGAAGCAGGCCGGUGUUCGGUACUACUACGAAAACGCCAACACCGCCAACAUUCCCUUCGUGGUCAGCAAGAGCACGGCGCCGUCGCACAACAUCGGCCUCAACAUUCAACAGGUCCUGAAUGGAGUGAAGAUACAACAACCUUUAUCAGGAAUACCGUUGACUAUUGCGCAUCAUAUGGGCCUGGGUCAUGUUCCAACGUACGGGACGAGAAGUGCAGUAAUGCAACCGUCCCUGGACAACCGCGAAAUAAACGUGAUCAAGCUGGGCCGGCGCAUGCUGCGGCUGCCGUCCUACCGAUAUAUGUCGUACAGCCGGCUGCUGAGCCUGUACCGCGAGGGAGACGGCAUGGUGCCGCGCUUCUUGCGAGCCAUCAGCCGCCCGCACUACUUCUACACGUCUAUGUACAACAGCUUACAAACCCACCGCGAGGACCAGGACGGGGCCACCUCCAAGGGCCGCGCCGGCAGCCAGGAGGCCAAGCAGAGCCUGGCCGAGUACGCCAGCCUGUACCGCGAGUAUGAGCAGAUUGAGAAGUGCAUCAAGGAGGGCAACUACGAGCCGGAGCUCGAGCGGAGGAAGGAGGAGCUGUCGAAGGAGCUCGCGGCUCGGGAAGAACACAUACGUAGGGUGGUGCAGGAGUACCGAUCCAACGAAGUGGACCAGUCGACGCUGCGCGCGUCCGCGUCGACGGCCGACGAGACCUACCGCCACUCCACGUUUAAGCUGAACCUCGGCGACCCCCCGCAGUAGCCCCAGCCCUUACUGACUCGAUGAAACCCCACAACUCGACUAUUCGCGUAUGUGACCGCUGACCAUACUGCAAGACGUUGGACACAAUGCAAAACCAAAGCAGCACACACCGGUUCGUAGUCACUGUUCUUUAUUUGGAACGUGUCAAGGCCCGCACACAUUCUUAAAUGACAGGACGGAAUUCACGGGUCAAUUGAAACCUCACUAGCUGUUUGCGAUAUCCCGGCGCCUCGAGCUACGAUGCCGAUCAUGUUGACCGAGCUCGCUUUGAAAGCUAGUCCAGCGCUGUGUCAAAGGAGGUCAGUGCGUACAAGCCCUUUAGAAGGGACAUACUGAAAUGGAAUAGACAGUUAUCUAUUAUUUUCUCGAGUCAGUGGCAGACAGAAUUGAAACAAUAGUUUAAUACUGAAAAUUCAGGAGUUUGUGUAUUUUGAAUUUUAAACAUGAUCAUGAUGUUUCUACGCAAUUGUUACGAUGGAAUCGUUGUUGUAUCUUUGCAUGGUCAAAUUGAUCCCACUAGUUUGGGGCUAGAGGUAGUCAUGGGUCAAAAAGACUAAAUUUUUACCGCGAAUCCUCAAUGCCUUGACUGUGUUGAGGUAGCCUGUUGUCUUUAGGCUGUGUGCUCCGGCACAAUCCGGCCAUCAACAAAUCAGAUUUAUUUUAUACUUCCUUUUGACAUGAAAUUAAUUUUGAAGAACUGCGAAGUUAUAUAUCAAUAGGUGAGAGAAGCGAUUGCGAUUGCUAAAAAUAUAUGAGACCAUUGUGUCCCCUCUCACCACUUAUGAUGAUGAUUUUAAAUUAUUGUAUCUCCUGAGUGAGGUUUUGUUCCCAAAGGCGAAUAGUUCGCUGCUUACUCUAAAUUACUUACAAAAUUUAAAUGACAAGAGUGCAUGAAUUUUACAAAGACUGACAAAGGUGACUGAGAUUCUUCCACCAUUCUCAGCCCCAGUAGUAAUGUUGUUCCGAACUGGUGGUAGGGCAAGUUAUAUAGAGACGUCUACAAGUGCCCUGAAAAGAGAAUUUGAAUUCUUUUACCUUUUUACUAAUAUCUCUUUAGACGUUUAUCUGAUCCAACUUGAGUAAAAGUCGUUCUCUCAAAAUUACAUUUCGAACAGUGUCUUUCCAUUCCAUUCGCUGUAAGCGUAUCUGUCGAACAAACAACAGAAAAUUUAUAUUCUUGGUACUUAGUAAAUACAACCGGUCUUCCAAAAUGUCCGAUUACAAAAAGAUUAAAAGCUGAAGGAGAGCCAAAAGGUGUUGUUACCUCAUACUUUAAGGUUGCUUUUAUGUGAUUAAAAGGAUGUCGUUAACUGUGAGCCUUGUGGGAACAUUGUCUCGUUAAAAUGGUAGCAUCGACAAAAAUCUGUGAUAGUAAUGUAUGAAUGUAAUCUGGUACACACACUGGUCCGAGUCGCGGUUUCCAGCGCUAGCGUCGCCAUAUUUUUAUAUGUACUGUUUUACUUACUUACUUAGCUUUGGUAAGGAAACGUAGUCUAGCAUGAUUGUAGACUUCUUUCCCGUAGGUUAUUAAUCGCUAUGUAUAAAGAACCUGUUUGUUUUUUUCUGUAAAAUGUCCGGUUUGCCGUCACUUAUUUUUGUCGAAAAAAUGUGCGAUUUUUGUCUAAUGCAUGUGCAGUUAUUACGUCUAAAUAAAAUUUUGAUAAGCGUCGUUUGUUGCAUGAUGUUCUUAAAUAAAGUUUUUCUACAUUA